GCGGGGAGCCCGAUCUGAUAGGGAGCAGGGGCUGACACUACCCCCGUGUGGGCGGCGGAACGUCCCGAGGAUGACGUGCGGCGUUCUCGAAUCCCGUGUCUCGCUCGUUCGCUCGCCGCCGCCGCCGCCGCCGAAGGAAACGGGAAAAGCAACAAGGAGGGCAGGAGCAGGCGCGGCGCCAUGGCGGCCCUGGAGCGGCCCGUGCCCAGUCCCGAGGCGUUCCUGGGCCAGCCCUGGGCCGCCUGGGUGCGGGAGGCCGCCCCCCCGCACGCUCACGGCGCCGCCCCCCCGCACAGUGUAGAGCUAGAAGAGGCUGGAAAGGAGGGUGGAAAGAGCAGGGAGGUUAUGAGGCUUAAUAAAGAAGAUAUGCACUUAUUUGGCCAUUAUCCAGCUCAUGAUGAUUUCUAUCUUGUAGUGUGCAAUAUCUGCAAUCAGGUAGUCAAGCCACAGGUUUUCCAGUCACACUGCGAACGAAGACACGGUUCAAUGUGUAAACCUUCCCCUUCUCCAGCUUCUCCAGCCUGUAAUUCCAGGACAUCCCUAGUACAGAUGAAACCGAAAUCCUGUAUCAGCGGCCAUAACCCUGUCAGCAGCAACUCAAAGCCAUUCAAAACGCCCAAAGACAAUCUACUUACCUCCAGUAGCAAACAGCACACAGUCUUUCCUUCAAAAGUGUCAAGGGAUAAACCAUGUGUUCCUGUUCCAGUAGUCAGUCUAGAGAAAAUUCCUAAUCUAGUGAAGGCAGAUGGUGCCAACGUUAAAAUGAAUUCUGCAACCACUACCACCAUCACCUCCUCCUCAGCCUCUUCAUCCACCAUACCUGCUCCAACCUUGGUCAAAUCUGGUUUGACGUCUAAAUCAGUGCCGCCGUCACCAGAAAAGAUUCUGAACGGCAAAGGAAUUAUAGCUCCUUCAAUAGACAAGAAACACCAAAAUGGCACUAAAAGCAGUAACAAGCCUUACAAAAGACUUUCAGAAAGAGAAUUUGACCCAAAUAAACACUGUGGAGUACUGGAUCCUGAAACAAAGAAACCUUGCACAAGAUCGCUCACCUGCAAGACUCAUUCACUUAAUCAUCGACGAGCAGUUCCAGGCCGUAAAAAACAGUUUGACAUCCUUCUAGCUGAACACAAAGCUCGAUCCAGGGAAAAAGAAGUUGCAAAAGACAAAGAGCAUCCACCGUCUGCAAGGGAAAGCUAUCAGAGCCAGCCCACACCAGCACAAGACUCUCUGUCAGGAUCCUCAGUGAACUCUGGGCAAGAAUCUAAAGUCACAUCUCCUGCAAAAUCUAGACCACCAAAUUCUGUACUUCCGAGACCAUCAUCUGCAAAUAGCAUAAACAGCAACAGUUCUUCAAACCACAGUGGGUACGUACCAGAACUGCCACUGCCUUCCAUGGGAGGAGAUCUAACCAGUAGAUUGUCCAGUGAUGAAGGAGAAGCAGAUGGAGCUGAAGAAUCUGAGAAAUUAGACUGUCAUUUUUCUGGACACCAUCCCAGACCUCUUGGGUUUUGUUCAUAUGGUAGUCGCUUAAUGGGAAGAGGGUACUACGUCUUUGACAGAAGAUGGGACCAUUUUCGAUUCGCACUAAACUCCAUGGUAGAAAAACACUUGAAUUCACAGAUGUGGAAGAAAAUUCCUCCUGCGGCAGACAGCCCCAUGCCUUCUCCAGCAGCACACGUCUCCACUCCUUUUCCCGCAUCAGUCUUACAACCUUUCAGCAACCCCAGCGCCGUGUAUAUUCCUUCAACACCUAUCAGUUCAAGAAUCACUUCUUCUUACAUAAUGACAUCAGCCAUGUUAUCAAACGCAGCCUUUGUGACAACAUCAGAUACGAAUUCCAUUAUGUCACACACUACAGCUUUUCCUCAUGUGGCUGCGAGCCUAAGUAUCAUGGACUCAACCUUUAAGGCGCCAUCAGCUGUGUCACCAGUGCCAGCAGUCAUCCCUUCCCCAUCCCACAAGCCAUCCAAAACAAAAACCAGCAAAUCCUCAAAAGUAAAAGACCUGUCAUCUCGUAGCGAUGAGUCUUCAAGUAACAAAAAGAAGAAGCCGCAGUCGUCGUCAUCAUCAUCGUCCUCAUUAUCUUUGCAGACAUCUUCCUCGUCUUCAUUUUCAGGGUCCCACAAAAAGAACUGUGUCCUGAACCCCAGUUCAACUUUGAACUCCUAUCAGGCUACAUCUUCCUAUAACAGCAUGUCUGUGCACAAUACAAAUAACGGAACAAGCCCACUCAGUGCCAAAUCGGAGCCCUCAGGACGGACUUCAUUAUCAAGUAGUUCAACAGACUCAGUGAAACACAUGAGCAUGGUAGUAAGCAGUAUUGACUCUUCUAAUCUGUCUGUAUCUUCUCUUGUGCACCACUCAGGGGACCACUCCCUGGGAGCACACAAUGCAGUGUCUUCUCUACCCCUUUCUUUCGACAAAUCAGAAGGAAAAAAACGUAAAAACUCUAGUUCUAGUAGCAAAGCCUGUAAAAUCACUAAAAUGCCUGGUAUGAAUAGUGUUCAUAGAAAGAGCACUGCCAACCUUAUUUCUGCGGUGCCAGAUCCUACAAGCAGCUCCAUCUCUCGACAGAUUGGAAAAAAUAGCAGUGUAGCUUUGUCACAGUCCAGUCCUUCGAGUACAUCAAACCCAGUACACAACAGACAAAAGACAUCAAACCGGACUGGUAGAAUAAGGACUCUUCCAUAACAAGGAAAAGGAACCAGCCUAUAAUCUCUAGCUCUCAGCAGCCCUACUCCACAGGGUUUUUCUUUUCUAUGUCCUGCAGAUGGAUUUAACCUUUUAUGAAUUUGUGGUUUUAAAGAGAAUCAAAUUUACAGAAAACUGUAAUAGUGAUUUGUUUAGUUUUUCACUUGUAUUUGCCACUGAUCUGUGCAUUCUGCUUGGUUAUGUUUCAUGCCUUUUGAAGCUGUUAGCGUUGCAAUGCUCCCUUUGUUUCCUUACCAGAAUACAGUGGACAUUCCAAAAAAAAAAAAAAAAAGGAGAAAAAAAAAACAGAUCAUGAUCUGAAUUUAUUUAAAGGACCUCCAAAUUUUUUCAUUCAAUAAAAAUUACAGUAAUUCUGUAUUUAAGCUUGUCCUAUGGAUAAAUAUUGAGUGCAUUUCUUAGUAAUUUGCAAACAGCUGGGGCACUGCAACUUUAGGGACUAAUCCUGACUGGUGCUCUUCUACCUACAGCAUUUAAUGAUUUCAGUGGGAAUUCCGAGUGUUCAGCAUCUUCCAGGAUCAGGCUCUUAAGGAAUCUAUACUUCAAUCAAUGCAUAGAGGAUUUUUGCACCAAACUGUGGUUAAUGUUAUCCGAGGCUCAACACGCGAAAUCCCCCUGUCGUGGUGGUGUUCUCGACCCUUAAGAUCCCAGUACUCGAUAACUUCGGUAAACAGUUUGGCUUUGCAAGGACGGGCGUUGAGCAGAUUGGCUUGCAUUAAUAGAAUUGCACUGACAGUGUUUCUUAUAGGAUUACUGAAUAAUUUUUUAAUAAAAUGUAGAUUUUAUAAUCAGGAAGCCAAUACUAGGUACUGGAACAAUAGUACAGAGGAGUUAAUUUUUAUUUCUACAGUGUUAAAAGUGCACUUAUAUGCUGGUUUAUUUACAUCUGGGGGAAAGGCGAGAGACUGCAAAUAGGGAGAUUAUUACUACUUUCUUUUUUAAAAAAAGAAGGCUUAAGGCAAAUUUUAAGACUAAAAUGUUUAAGCAAUUAUAAGCAAGGCUAGACCCUUUGAAAAAAAGUUUAGAAAUAUUCUUAAAAUAAAUUUUUAUAGUGUUAAUUUUGUAAUAAUUUAUGUUUUGCUAUACUUCAGAGCUAACUGACCGUAUAGUUUCAGAAACAGUAUGAAACUUAGGAAAGUUUAAGCAAUGUUUAUAUUUUUGAAAUGUUCUUUGAAUUAUGUUUUUAUUGUACAUUUCUUCAGACUGAAAAAUGUGUACAUAUCUUUGUUAUUUUUGCACAAUUUUUGUCUUGUUCAGUUUUAGGAGCAGUACUAUGUUGAUUUUUUUAAUUUAUUUUGAGUUUUAAAACUGCAGGAGUUUAAAAAUCUCAGUAACAAAGUCAUCCUCUGUAAUUGACGAAAUGCUAUUUCUAGUUGUCGAGGGAAAACGGUGGUUGUGAGAUUCAGUGGUUGCUUCUGAGAACUAAUGCUAAUCAGUGACUGAAGGAGCGAUUUCAUAGUUUUAGGAAGCUUUAGCUCUUUCCAUGCAUCUUUUAAUUGGAAAGGUGGAAUAUGGAGCCUGUCCUUUGAAUGCUGCUUUAUUUUUUUGUGUCAACUGGCUUACACCUGACAGCAUUUCAGGAACGUUCAGCACCAAGUAAAAUCCCACAGCCUUUCAUCAUCAAAGAAUCAUUAUUUAAUUACAAGUGUCAAAAAAUUCAGCCUGAAAAGCAAAAUGGAAGUAAACAUUUGAAUAAAUGGAUAUAAACUGGACCAGCCUAUAAUGCAUUAUUAGUGUAGCAUUCACUCGGUAGUUCUUUUUCUUCCCCAUUUGCCUGAAAAUCUUGUGAUUUGUUUCCAGCAAUAGAGGCUCAGAAGCUUUGGUUGUUACACAUACGCAAUGCAUAGGCCCGUCAGCCAUAAAAAGCGACUUGGAUAACUUGUAUGCCUUCUUUUGUAUCGAUGUAACAAUUGUAAAUAGUGCUGAUCGACCUUUGUAGAGAAUAGUUUAUACAGCAUAUUCUAUUAUUGCUGAUUCUCAGUGAACUAUUGUUUUAAAAAAAAAGAAGAAAAAAAGAAAUUUUUCUAUUUACACCUUAUAUUUUGUUAUGCUGUUGACCCAUGGCACUUUAACAAAACUCUGUGGGUUUUGCAUAGCUGGUCAGUCAUGGGGUAUAUUAAAUAACUGUUGUUGCACAGAAAUGAAUUUGCACCUGCUAUAUUGUGCUUUCCUACUACAGAUUUUAGAACCUUUUCCAGAAGACUUUUGAAGAAAGCAUGUCCAAUCAUUC